AUUCACCCGCCUCGCCCGGCCAAGAGCGUGCGCCCUCUGUCCCCCACCACCACCUCUCCUUCUUGCAGCUUAAAUGCUUGACAGACCGCUCCGAUCUCGCCGUCGCCGGGCGAAGCACCGAAAUGACGUGAUCCCCGCUUUCCAUCCACCACCCUCAUCACUGCAGUCUGCAGCUGCCGCUCUUGAAAAACCACACCACCUUCCUCCCUACAUCCGCUCAUACUCCCUCACCGCUCCACUCUCCUCCAUCCCUCUGCCCACCAACCAUACCAGCGCAAUGCAGCCGCCUGCCCUUCUCCCGCUCCUCCUCCUAGUCGCCGCCCUCGCCGUCUCCCGUCACCACUCCCGGGCGGCGGCAGCGGCGGCCACCGAGACGCUCGACGUCGCCGCCUCCCUCUCCCGUGCCCGCGCCGCGCUCUCCACGGACGCCAUCUCGCUCCACCAGUCCGCCGCCGAGGCCUCCUCCAUCUGGAAGCACUCAGGGUCGAGGAAGGACAGUGGCCUGAUGCUGUGGCUCCACUCCCGGGACUUCCUGCCGCAGGAGCAGGGGCAGCACCAGAGCUACCGCUCCCUCGUCCUGUCCCGGCUGCGCCGCGACGAGGCGCGCGCGGCGGCGGUGUCGGCCCGCGCGGCGCUGGCGGCGGACGGGGUGACCCGCUUGGACCUGCGCCCCGCCAACGAGUCCGCGGUGUUUGCGGCCUCCGCGGCGGCGAUACAGGGGCCCGUGGUGUCCGGCGUCGGGCAGGGCAGCGGGGAGUACUUCUCGCGCGUCGGCGUCGGGAGCCCCGCGCGGCAGCUCUACAUGGUGCUCGACACCGGCAGCGACGUCACGUGGGUGCAGUGCCAGCCCUGCGCCGACUGCUACCAGCAGUCCGACCCGGUGUUCGACCCCUCGCUCUCCACCUCCUACACCGCCGUAUCCUGUGACUCCCCGCGCUGCCGCGACCUCGACGCCGCCGCGUGCCGCAACUCCACCGGCGCGUGCCUCUACGAGGUGGCCUACGGCGACGGCUCCUACACCGUCGGGGACUUCGCCACCGAGAUGCUCACGCUCGGGGAUUCGCAGCCGGUCAGCAACGUCGCCAUCGGCUGCGGCCACGACAACGAGGGGCUCUUCGUCGGCGCCGCGGGGCUGCUGGCGCUCGGCGGCGGCCCCCUUUCCUUCCCGUCCCAGAUCUCCGCCACCACCUUCUCGUAUUGCCUCGUCGACCGAGACUCCCCGUCCGCGUCCACGCUCCAGUUCGGCGACGGCGGCGGCGACCCCGACGUGGUCACCGCGCCACUCCUCCGCAGCCCGCGCACCAACACGUUCUACUACGUCGGCCUGUCGGGCAUCUCCGUGGGCGGGCAGGAGCUCUCCAUCCCGUCCUCCGCGUUCGCCAUGGACGCCUCCGGCGCCGGUGGCGUCAUCGUGGACUCCGGCACGGCCGUGACCCGGCUCCAGUCCUCGGCCUACGCGGCCCUCCGCGACGCGUUCGUCAGCGGCACGUCCUCGCUGGCCCGGACCUCGGGGGUGUCGCUGUUCGACACGUGCUACGACCUAUCGGACCGUACCAGCGUGGAGGUCCCCGCGGUGGCGCUGCGGUUCGAGGGCGGCGGGACGCUGCGGCUGCCGGCGAAAAACUACCUGAUCCCCGUGGACGGGGCCGGCACCUACUGCCUGGCGUUCGCACCGACGAACGCGGCGGUGUCCAUCAUCGGGAACGUGCAGCAGCAGGGCACGCGUGUCAGCUUCGACACCGCCAAGGGCACCGUCGGCUUCACCCCGAACAAGUGCUAGCUUAGCUUAGCUUAAGCUACGGUAUUAGUGGAGGGUUUUAAUUAGCGGCCGAGCGGAGUGAUUAGUGGAGGUACUUAAGCGGAGUGGGGCCGAGAGGGGAGGCCUGGGGAGAAGCGAAAGGCAAAGGCGAGGACAGGUGAUACUCCUACCAUGCCAGCCAGCCUGUGCGAUGGGUCUAGUGUUUUCUUGGUCUUUGCACGAUGGCUGUGUGCCCUGCGUAUCGUUGGGUUGGGCUGGGUUCGGGUGUGCAUGGAUGGAUAUGCGUGCGUCGAACCGAAUUACUCAUGAUUUCAGUUGAUUUUAUGGCGACGAAAUGAACGUUUCCGGAUCCAAUACUUAGAAACAUGCAAGUAAAGUGUAUUCUGCUAGUGCUGAAUCCAUAACAGAAAUGACUGUAUUCGGGAUUGGCUUACUAGCUGUUUGAGUGUCUUAUUAAGCUGUUACAUGAGAUAUUUAAAGGUGUAUGUAGCUCUUACGUGUGAUUUUAAUAAUUAAUGAUAAUAUUUAUGGAUUAAUUAUGUUGUUGAGAA